GUCGUACUUGCCCAACGACGGGAGAAGGCAGGUGCCACGAGUGACGAUGGAAUCAAUCAGCAAGAUCAGCUCGCUGCUCGAACACGCACGCGAUCUCACCCUCGAAGCGGCUCGCGAUGCCGGCCCGCGCAGGACAGCCAAGGCACUGCCGGCGGCGCACAUCAAGAAAUUGUUGGACAGCAGGCAUGAGCGAGAGGUUUUGGAUGGUCUGCGGAGAGUGGUUGCGAUGCAAUAUGCCAAUCCUCCCCACCCGACUCUCCCUUUCUUUCCUGCUGUCCUCAAGACUCUCUCCAACCCGUAUCCCUCGACCCGUCCCUUGGUCUACAACUAUUUGAUCCACCAUGCCGAGGCCGAUCCGGACACGGCCUUGCUGGCAAUCAACACCAUCCAGAAGUCCCUGUCCGACACGAAUCCGCGAGUCAGAGCCAUGGCGUUGAAAACCAUGUCAGGCAUCAGGAUUCCCAUGAUUGCACAGAUCAUCAGUCUGGCCGUCAAAAAGGGCGUCAACGACCUGUCGCCGUUGGUCCGCAAGGCAGCUGCUCUGGCAUGCGUGAAGUGCGUCCAGCUCGACGCCAGCACAAGACCUCAGGUAGAGGAGUACGUAGCCACCCUGCUGGCCGAUCAGCAGUAUUAUGUCGCUGGAGCCGCAGUGCAGGCCUUUGUGGACAUAUGUCCCCACCGAAUCGACCUGAUACAUCCUGUGUAUCGUAGGCUGUGCAAGAUGAUUGUCGAUAUGGACGAGUGGGGCCAACUUGCCGUCAUACGCCUCUUCACCACCUACUCACGCCAAUGCUUUCCCAGACGGAUAGCACGAGUCAAGCGAGCGGUCAAUCAGGAACUGCGAGCGGUCAAUCAGGAACUGCGAGCGAAGGGCUUCUACGACGACCUGGAACCGCAAGAGGAGACCAAGGAGGAUGACUACGAGGAGGUCGAAUACGUGGAUCCAGAUCUCGAACUCUUCCUCAAAUCAGUGCAGCCUCUCCUUUCGAGUCGCAACUCCGCAGUCAUUCUAGCUGUGACGCGAGCCUAUCUCUACCUGUCUCCCUCGAAGCACCUGCCUCAAGCCGUCGGUCCGCUCAUAGCACUCCUUCGCUCCCCUCAGGACAUUCGACAGGUGGCGCUAUACAACAUAGUACAGGUCUGCCUCAUACAUCCCGCUCACUUCGUUUCGCAUUUCCGCCACUUCCUGGUUCGAUCUACGGAAGCACCUCAAAUAUGGACACUGAAGCUGGAAAUUCUGACCCUGAUCUUUCCACACAGUGGCAAGGAGAUACAGGAACUGAUACUUGCUGAACUGGAACACUUUUCUCAAGCUCACAAUGCGAGCCUUGUGCGCGAGAGUGUGCGUGCUAUCGGGCGCUGUGCUCAAGCGUCUAGCGACAAAACUUCGCGCCGAUGCCUGUCCCUUCUGCUCAAACAAAUUCGCAGUUCAGAUACAAAUCUGGUUGCUGAAGCGAUGGAGGUUAUACGGCAUCUGAUACAGCGAGCUCCAGACGAACAUCGAAAGACUGUGAUCCGACUGGCCAAGAACCUCGAUUCGCUAACCUCUCCAUCGGCACGGGCGAGCAUUGUCUGGCUGAUUGGCGAGUUUGCUGGCGUCGAUGCGGAGAACAAUAUCGCUGCCGACGUUCUGCGCAUUCUUGUCAAGAACUAUGCCGAGGAGAGCGAUGAAGUGCGCGCCCAGACGAUACUACUAGCGGCCAAGGUAUAUCUCCAUUAUUUGAACGCCAAGAACGAGAAGCAAAGAGCACUCGAUGCUCUCAAUUUAGAACAGCCCAAACAGAAUCACGCUACGACCAGCACCGUACUAUCGCCCACAGAAGAAGAACAUGAUGGCUUUCGUGAGGAUGCAUUCUCCAGUCAACCUCCGGAGAACGAAGAAGAACGACCACGAGAUACCCAACACCCCAUCGAACUACUUUUCCAAUAUACGAUGCUCCUAGCACGCUACACACCUUCGUACUCGCUACGAGACCGCGCUCGUCUUUUCCGCUCCCUUCUCGCUAUACAAAGUAGCACGGAACUCGCAUCCCUACUCUUACUCGCACCAAAGCCAGUCCCACAAGCCCCUUCACCGAGCGAAAGUCGCAAGGGCCUACUUCUUGGCUCUGCUUCCCUAGUCAUUGGCAGCGAGGUCGGCACCAGUGGGAUGCGAGGCUACGCAUCUCUGCCAGAUUGGGUCGAGGAUGGUCACGAACCUGACCCGAAACUGCGAGAUGACGGAGAUCGGGCACAGAAGGGAGUUUAUGUGCCUGAGAGGGAACUGACGGCUGCACAGAAGCUGGAUGACGGCUUGGCUACUGCGGACCCGGGGUAUAAGAGGAAUGGACCGGUGAGGAAGGAGAAGACAUUGGAUGCUUGGCUUGAUGAGGAGGAGGACGAGGAAAGUAGCGAGGAAGAUGAGACAGACGAGGAGACAGAAGAGGAGGAGGAGACCGGGUCCGAGGAGGGCAGUAGUGAGUAUGAGACCGAAAGUGAAGAGGAUGAGACGGCUGGGUUGGUGAAGUGAUCGGGUUAACUACCUACGUGAUGAAGUCG